AGGGCAAGGGGGAAAUGGCGGGCGGGGACUGAGGGGGGCGUGCAGGUAAACUAACCGGCCGGAGGUCGCGGGCAUGGCCGAGGCCAGGAAGCGGCGGGAGCUGCUUCCCCUGAUCUACCAGCAUCUGCUGCAGGCGGGCUAUGUGCGCGCAGCGCGGGAAGUGAAGGAGCAGAGCGGGCAGAAAAGUUUCAUGGCUCAGCCUGUAACCCUUCUGGACAUCUAUACACACUGGCAACAAACCUCAGAGAUUGGCCAGAAGCGGAAGGCAGAGGAAGAUGCAGCACUGCAGGCCAAGAAGACCCGUGUGUCAGACCCCAUUAGCAGCUCAGAGAGCUCAGAAGAGGAGGAGGAGGAGGCAGAACCCAAAACUGCCAAAGCCACCCCGAGACUAGCAUCUACCAACUCCUCAGUCACGGGGGCGCUUUUACCUUCAAGCAUGAAAGAAAAAGCCAAGGCAAACACCAAGAAAGCCAGCAAGCCAGUGAACUCCACGGCACACCCUGCCUCCGGGAAGGCAGUGGCCCAUCUCCUCGCUGGGAAGUCACCCAAGAAGGCAGCAGGGCCCUUGGGAAAUACCAUCCUGGUCUCAGAAACUGAGGAGGAGGGCAGCGUCUCAGCCCUCCGAACCACUGCCAAGCCUGGAAUGGCAUCAGCGAGCCAGGCCGACAGCUCCAGCGAGGAGUCCUCCAGCUCUAGUGACGAGACGGACAUGGAGAUGAAACCUGCAGUGAAGCUGCCGCAGGUCAGAGCCCCACCAGCCCCAGUCAAGGAGUCUCCAAGGAGAAGGGUGGCUCCAACCCCUGGGAAGGCAGGGAAUGUGACACCCCAAGUCAGAGGAGAUACCCUGACCUCAGCUGGCAAGGCCAAGAAUCCAGAAGAGGUCUCAGAGAGCAGCGAGGAGGAGUCGGAGAGUGAGGAGGGAGCUCCUGCAGGGACCCCCAGCCAGGUGAAGGCCUCAGAGAAAACUGUCCAGGUCCGAGCUGCCUCAGGUCCUGCCAAGGGGACUGCUGGGAAAGGGGCUACCCCAGCACCCCCUGGGAAGGCAGGGCCUGCAGCCACCCAGGCCAAGGCAGGGAAGCCUGAGGAGGACUCAGAGAGCAGCAGCGAGGAGGACUCAGACAGUGAGGAGGAGCUGCCAGCUGCCAAGACCCCACUUCGGGUAAAACCCUCAGGGAAGAUCCCCCAGGUCAAAGCUGCCUCAGCAGCACCUGCCAAGGCAUCUCCUAGGAAAAGGGCGCCUGCAGCACCCCCGGGCAAAGCAGGCCCUGUGGCCCCCCAGGCCAGGAAGCAGGAGGAGGACUCGGAGAGCAGCAGCAGCGAGGAAUCAGACAGCGAGGGCGAGGCGCCCGCAGCUGUGCCCCAGACCACAAGCCUGGCUCAGGCAAAGGCCUUGGGGAAAAACUCCCAGGUCAAAGCUGCCUCAGCUCUGGGCUUGGGGCCCUCAGCAAAGGGCGCUGUCCCAGGGCCCCCUGGGAAGGUGGGGUCUGCGGCUGCCCAGGCCGUGAAGCGGGAGGAGGACUCGGAGAGCAGCAGUGAGGAGGAGUCGGACAGCGACGGGGAGGCACCGACAGCCGCGGCUUCGGCCCAGGCAAAGUCUUUGGGGAAAGUUCCCCAGGUCAGACCUGCCUCGGGUCCUGCCAAGGGGCCCUCUCAGAAGGCCGGGCCUGCAACCACCCAGGUCAAGACCGAAAGGUCCAAGGAAGACUCGGAGACCAGCGAGGAGUCAGACAGUGAGGAUGAGACACCCGCAGCUGUGACUCCAGCCCAGGCAAAACUGGCUGGGAGAACUCCUCAGACCAAGGCCUCCCCACGGAAGGGGACUCCCAUUACACCUGCAUCUGCCAAGGUCCCCCCAGUGCAAGCAGGCACACCAGCCCCCUGGAAAGCAGGAACGGUGUCUUCACUAGCCUGCACAUCAUCCCCAGCCAUGGCCAGGGGCGCCCAGAGGCAAGAGGAGGACUCUUCAAGCAGCGAAGAGUCAGAUAGCGAGGAGGAGACAGCUCCUGCCACAGCAGUGGGACAGGUGAAGUCUAUAGGAAAAAGCGUCCCAGGGAAAGCUGCCUCAGCGCCCACCAAGGGGCCCUCAGGGCAAGGGACUGCCCCAGUGCUCCCAGGGAAGGCAGGGACUGUCAUGGCCCAGGUCAAAGCUGAGGUACAGGAGGACUCAGAGAGCAGUGAGGAGUCAGACAAUGAGAAGGCAGCCUCGACUGCCGCACAGGUGAAGACUUCAGUGAAAAGCCCUCAGACCAAAGCUAACUUGGCUGCCAGCCGAGUAGCUUCAGCCAAAGGGGCAGUGUCAGCUUUGGGGAAAGGGGUCACUGCAGCUGCUCAGGCCAAGCCGGGGUCCCCAGCCAAGGCAAGUGGGACCAGAGCCACAGGUGGUGCCAGGGUGGGAUGGAGAGGAAGACCCAGCAGUGGCCCCAGUCUGGACAAGGGUCCUGCACAGGUAAAGCCUCCACUGAGGACCCCCCAGAGCAGUGUCGUCUCGGGGAAGGGCCAGGUGUCUAUGACAGCUGUGGGGAAGGCAGUGGCCGCAGCAGCCCAGGACCAGCAGGGACCUGUCAGGGGCCCAGAGGAGGACUCAGAGAGCAGUGAGGAGGAGUCUGACAGUGAAGGGGAGGCACCCACCCAGGCAAAGCCCUCAGUGAAACUCCCCCAGGUCAGAGCUUCCUCAGCCCCCACCAAAGGUUCCCCCAAAAAAGGGGCUGCCACAGCACCCCCUGGGAAGGCAGGACCCCCAGCCGCCCAGGCCAGGAAGCAGGAGGAGGACUCGGAGAGCAGCAGCGAGGAGUCAGACAGUGACAAGGAGGCGCCAGCAGCUGUGCCACCAGCCCAGAAGGAGGGUAACUCCAAAACCGCCAGUAGCAAGACCCUGGCCCCAGCACCCCCGGAGAAGAAGGCAAAAGAGUCCUCAGCCAGCAGUGACGAGGAGCUGCCGGACAGCCAGGUGAUUAAAACCCCUCUGAUUUUUGUCGACCCUAAUCGUAGUCCAGCUGGCCCAGCUGCUACCCCCGCCCAAGCCCAGGCUGCGAGCGCCCCGAGGAAGGCCCGGGCCUCGGAGAGCACAGCCAGGAGCUCCUCUGAGAGUGAGGAUGAGGAUGUGAUCCCCGCCACGCAAUGCUUGACUCCUGCCGUUAGAACCAAUGUGGUGACGGUGCCCACAGCCCAGCCGAGGACAUCCCCCAGAGCCAGCAGCAAUGAGGAGUCCACUCCGGUGUCCGAAGGCAAGAAGCAGGAGGCGCCAGCCACUCAGGUGACAAAGACGAACCCAGCUCACCUCCCGCUGACCCAGGCUGCCCUGAAGGUCCUUGCCCAGAAAGCCACUGAGUCCAAGUCUCCUCCUGCCAAGACCCUGUCUUCAAGUGGGACUGACAAUGCUUUGGGAACACUCCCUGUGACGAGUCCCCAGAACACCCCUGCGCAGGCCAAAGUGACUGACAAGCCUAAAAAGCCUGAGGUUCCUACAGCCAAGCGGGCCAUGGCCACUCCCUCGGGACGCCCCAAAGCCAAGGCCUCUGGGACCUCAGACGACAGCGACGACAGUAGCGGCAGCUCUUCAGGGAGCGAGGAAGACGCUGAGGGGCCCCAGACGGCCCCGUCAGCCCACAGGCCAGUAGGUGCAGCCGCCUCCAAGAGGGAGACCUUGGUGGAAGAGACCACAGCAGAGUCCAGUGAUGAUGAGGUGGUGGAACCUUCCCAGUCUCUCCUCUCAGGUUAUGUGACCCCCAGGCUGACUCCAGCCAGUUCCCAGGCUUCAAAGGCUUCAAAGGCCACUCCCAAACCAGAUCCCAACCCCUCCAUUUCUUCUACUUCGAUCACCAAAGAUGCCUUGGACGGCAAGCAGGAAGUGGAGCAGCCCCAAGCAGCAGGCACCAUGUCCCCUAAAACAGGCAGAAGAGAGGCUAGCACCACACCUCAGAAGCCCCAGAAGGGACCUGGGAGCCCUCAGGCCUCCACUCUGGCGCUGCAGAGCGACAUCACCCGGCGCCUCCUGAGCGAGCCCUGGCCCCUGAGCGACACGCAGGUGCAGGCCUCGGUGGUGAAGGUCCUGACGGAGCUGCUGGAGCAGGAGAGGAAGAAGGCUGUGGAUGCUGCCAAGGAGGGCGGCCAGAAGGGCCGGCUGGGCCACAAGCGGAAGCUGUCAGAAGACCAGACGACCGCCAAGGCCUCCAAGAGCAAGAAGAAGAAGCUGCUGGCGGCCGGGGAAGGCAGGGAGCGUGCUCCCUCCCCAGAAAAGGCCCCCAGGACUCCCAAGGGGAAAUCCAAGAGGGACGGAGCGAGUGGUAACAUCAAGGAGAAGAAGGAGAAGGAGUCUCCCGGCUCCCAAGGGGCCAAGGAGAAGCCGAAAGGGGGGCCAGGGACGGCGAAGGGUGAGGGUGGAGACGAAGGCAACCCGAAGAGCAAGAAGGAGAAGAAGAAAUCCGACAAGAGAAAAAAAGACAAGGAAAAAAAGGAUAAGAAGAAGAAAGCAAAAAAGGCCUCAACCAAAGACCCUGCCUCACCAUUCCAGAAGAAAAAGAAGAAAAAGAAGAAGACGGCAGAGCAGACGGUCUGAAGGACACCAGGCGGCAGAAGAUGGCCUGCUGUGGUGUCCAUGCUGGCCAAGCCAGUGAGCUGUGCAGAGCUCCCGUGACCUCCACUCAGUGACCCCAGGCUGAUUUCUGUUCCGACACAGGAUGCUACGUAUGGACAUGUACAGUAUAUAUAUAUUUUUUUAAGUGACCUGCCCCUCCCUUCUCAGACCCAACAUGCCCAGGGGCCUCGGGACUUCCCACCUCUGCCCUGCAGACCCGGCGAGGUUCAGCCUGCAAUUCCUUCCACACCCCUGGUCUCCAGCUCAUGCUGAGGCUUUGUCCUCCUUUUGUUAGUCUUUUUCCCGUUUUGUUUGUGGUUUUUUUAGUAAGAACUCAAAAAAUAAAAGACUUGAAGGAAAGGUGCAAGUUCCCAGUGCAUCCAGGGCAAAUGUUUUGCAUUGAUUUAUUCUUGGGAGAGUCUGACAGUUGGAAGUGAACAGACCAUCGCUCAGGAUUUAUUCUUGACUGCGUAUCAGGGCUCUGGGAUACUGUGGUGAGUGAGACACAGGUUGCCGGAGGAGACUCGAAGUGCCCUGGUGUGCACUGGGGUGGAGGCGGCUUCCUGAAGGAGGUGGUAUCUAAGCUAAGGGGGAGCUCAGGCAUGGUCAUGGUUGGUUUCCAGAUGCUGGGGUAGGACACCGGGCCCCUGGCUUCCUGCAUACCCAUGCUUCCUGUUUGGGACCAGGAGUCUUCUCUGCAGGGCCUGUCAGUCCCGCAGGCUUGGUCCGAGACCUGGCUCAUGCACCUGCAGCCCAACUUCACACGAUGCCACCCUGGCCGUCCUCCCGGAAACAAAAGAGAUAAGGAGGGCCUUCCAAGUCACCUUUUGAAGUUAGGAUGAGCUGCUAGCGGGCAGGCUCUCUCAAGGUAACUAGUGAAGAAUAGCUGGCAGGCACAGUAGGAGCAGAAAGGUCAGUUAGAAAUGAGUUGUCCUCAUGUGUAGGCAACAAAGGUUCUGCAGCGAUGAAGGCAAGAAGUGGAGGAACUCAAAAAAAGAUGUGUCAGGGUGUUGUCCACAGGGCUUAGUGAUGGUGGGCGGUGCGGAGGCCCACUUCCCUGGGCCCAGAGCAGUGCGGAGCGCCUGAGGUCGUGGAGACAUCUCUCCGAGACUUUUGGCCUCCCCCUAGAGAUAGUGGGAGGUUGUGCAGAAACAGCACUGGCUGUGGAUGUCUGGAGAGCCAGGGUGGCAUCUGGCUGCACGCUUGGGGCCCUUGGGCAAAGCCCGUCCCUGGGUAGCCUCUCUCCCCACAAAUGUGUUGGUCUAGAGCAGAGGCAGCAGAGCAAUGUCUUUAAACUUAGAGAUGGAGGGGUUUCACCAAACUUCCUGAUUUGGAGCGCCUCUUGAAAAGUCCAGAACUCUGACGACAGGGGCCUCUGCUCCUCCUGGCAACAACCAGCUGGGGCUGUGCAGCCACCCCUUAAGUAGGACAGAGGCCCCCAGUUCCACAGCCCCCACUCCCUGGUGGUCCCGACAUGGGGGCCCCGUGUUGUUGCCAUCUGUCAUCACACUUGUACCAUUCUUAGUAUAGAAAUGAAAAUGGGGAUGUGAGAAAAUGGAAGCUGGACCCACAGAGGCUGUGCUUAAAGAGCUACGGGCAGGAGCCUGUUUCUUUUUGGAAGUAAAGAAUGUUCCUGUGUGUUACACGUGGAAGCCAAGUGUUUCUGUGUCCAAUGACUGGAGCACCCCAGCCCGGCCUGGUCCCACGGGCAUGUGUUUGGGCUCCCUGGGCUGCAUCCUCCCACCUAGACCACAGGGUUCACGGUCUCCAGUUAACCCCCUUGGGGUAACCGAACCAGACCUAACAGAACAGCCAAGAGCUGCAAGCGUUCUACUUACUAUCUUUAUUUUCACAGCUGUGGCCCUGAGGGCUGAUGACAAGCUUGGCUGCGCAGCAGGAACUAGGGGUUGGCAGAAAGUGAGGAGGGGCUGUGGGUGGGGAGGUGGUUCUUCCUGGUGGGGGUGGGGAGAGGGGAAGGGUGGCUCACCCUCCUCUUAAACAGGCUGGAAAGCCGAGGCCGGGGGGGAGGGGACGGCAGGAGUGUCCGUUCUGGGGCUUGGGAUACUGUUGUCUCUUCUCCCUGCACCUGACCACCUCGUCCACAGGCCUGGAUCCUGGAGCUUCAUGUUAGAGGCUACUGUGAUGUCAGAAAUGGGUGUCAGCCUAGUUCAUGCUCCACCUCCCUAGGCCUUCUGUCCCUGCUAGUGUGGGGGGCUUUGGGCAGCAGGGCCCUGCUGCAUCAUCAGUCUAGGCUGUUCUGAUAUGAUUUGUUGUGUCCAAGGAUGAUGGAGAGCCAGGUGCCAGAGUCCCCUGGAAUGAGGCGCAGAGUGGGAGACAGUGUGGGGAGGGGUGUGUAAGGGAAGGAGAGAGGGGCUA